CCUAUAUCUCACCCGACUACCUUUCUUUGCGGCUCAUCUUGAUCUCAUGGUAUCAUUGUACUGCUUGCGCUCAGUUGGCGUACUGGAUUCGUUAGUGUUGGGCUCAUGGCGCCCCCAAGACCAUUGAAACGCCAAAAGACCAACCCAACCGAGGGCUCACCAACAGCCCAAAAACAACCUGCAGACGUUCCUCUUCCUCCAGACACUCCGGCACGACCAUUCACCCCAAAGCCUUCGACCUCAUCAGAAGAAGGAAAGCGAUCGUCAUGGAUUACUCGGACUUGGCCUCGCAAGGCACGACCGCUUGCAGAGAUCGCACGUGAAAGUGUCUCAUCUGCCUCAAACGCGGUUCAAGAGGUGGCUUCGAUAACCAAGGAUAAAGCUCGUUCCCAGAGAUCCCCCUCUCUAGCCAUGACCUUGGGGAAGACCGCCUCCAAUCGAUCGCUACCAGUUGAUGCAACUACGACCACCGUGAACGCGACUGCGGAAUCUACGAUACCCAACAGCAAGAAGAAACCUGAAGCACGAGCGAAUGGGAAGAAGAGUGAAGAGGCCGGAGCCGACAAGACUGUCAAGGGACAAGAGCAGAAGCCAGAAGAUAUGGACGGGGACGGAGCUGCCGCGCAACCCGCCCCGCCAGCUACUGCGGCAACGAUACCCGAGCAAGCCAACAAUACGCAAGGAACAUGGCUCGGGUGGCUGGCGAAGAGAGAUGUGAUGGCUCCAAAGCCGCCUGACGUGCAACAGCCUCCCAGCUCGACCACAGAGACCGCAGAAACCUCACCGCCAUCAGCAAGUAAUGCAGGUCAGAGCGUCCAACCGCCGUCGGAAACACCACGGCAACAAAAUGAGGUCCCCGGAAAUGCGAGUAACAAGAGAAGCUGGUAUCAGAUGUGGAGCAGCGAUGCAUCCUCCGAGCCUACGAAGGAGGCACCGUCUAUAUCGGCCACAAAUGCUAGUGCGAUUAGUCCUUCAGAAGCUACGAAGCAAGUCAAGAACCUUGAUAUCCCAGCGCCGGAGACACCAAAGUCCAAAUCUGCGUCUCAAGCCUCGUCUCUAGAAACUUCGCCUCCACCGCCUCUUUCUGGAGAUGGUUCCAAGUCUUCCGGCUGGGUAUUCUGGUCGCGAGAUAGGAAAUUGCAGGCAUCUGCCCGGCCGGACAACGAGCCUCAUGUUGGUGAGAUUGCCAUCUCGGACACGCCUUCACAAGCGAAGCCCAAACGAGCAUCAAUCAGCCUACAAGACGAUGCAGCCAGACCUAUCUUGAAACCCUCACAACAGGAAGAGUUAUCCAAAAAGACUAUGGCUGAGAGAACUGCUACGACUAAGACCGCAGCUAUGGAACAGUCGCAACCUCCUAACUCGCAAAAGAGGGCCACGAUGAUGAAAGACGGUAAAUCCACCAAGGCUGAAUCGUCCAAUGCUACAGCCGUCGCCAGAGAACCGGUAGAAUUUGGGACUUCAAGGCAGGCUUCGCCUGCACCCUCGAAGAAGGAAAUGCCCAACUUAUUAUUGCCCCCGAUCAGAGAUACCUUGACCUACGACGAACAGCCCUCUAUUCUGCAACAGCUGGCAAGGAUGCUCUAUUAUACCAAAGAACCACAUCUCAAACACCUAUCUGUCGUCAAAGAUCCUCCGCGGAUAAAGAAUGCUCUGGCAAUCGGCGUGCAUGGGUAUUUUCCUGCGCCCCUUAUUCGCACGGUGCUUGGUCAACCGACGGGUACGUCCAUCAAAUUUGCAGACAUGGCGGCGAAAUGCAUCAGAAAAUGGACGCGUAGUCGUGGAUAUGACUGCGAAGUCAAGAGUGCAGCCCUCGAAGGGGAAGGCCGAAUUGCCGAACGAGUCGAGCUCUUGUGGAAACUGCUCCUCAAUUGGAUCGAUGAAAUUCGAAAAUCGGACUUUGUAAUGAUUGCUUGUCAUAGCCAAGGCGUACCUGUGGCAAUCAUGCUGGUUGCGAAAUUGAUACAGUUUGGCUGCAUCAGUGGGGCUCGAGUAGGAAUUUGUGCAAUGGCGGGCGUCAACAUGGGCCCCUUUCAAGAUUAUAAGUCUCGCUGGAUCAGUGGAUCAGCCGGCGAACUCUUCGAAUUCUCUGAUCCAAACAGCAAAGUGUCCAUCAACUAUUUGGAAGCAAUGGAGGUGGUGUUGAAGUUUGGAGUACGGCUAACCUUUGUUGGCAGCAUUGAUGACCAACUGGUAUCAAUGGAGUCGUCAAUCUUUGCUCCUGUCACUCAUCCUCACAUUUACAGAGCCGUCUUCAUCGACUCACGUGUUCAUGCACCAAAUUUCUUAUCCCACCUUGUCGGCUUCGCGUUGAAGCUGCGCAACGUUGGUGUCCCAGAUCAUGGUCUUAUCAGGGAAUUAUCGUCACCUUUGGCAGGGAGUUUAUAUGGUGGUGAAGGGCAUUCACGCAUCUAUGAGGAUGAUGCGGUCUAUGACAUUGCAAUCUCUUUUGCGUUAGAGACGACUGCUCUCAAGGACGUGCCCCUCUCGAAGAGACAGACCAGCAACACAAUGGCAAAUCCGUACGUCCUUCCCUUUGCCAUGCGUGGAAUCUUGGAGGAAGACUAUGUGAAGACAGAGCUCCAAAACGAAGCCCGAGAACUCCUCGCGCAGUUUGACGACUGGAAGCCCACAACGAAGGCUCUCAAGGAUGUCAAGUUUAGACUCGAAGGAAUAAGGUCGAAGCUCUAGAACAACGGGAAGAACUAUUUAGAUCGGGUGGUGACUAGAGGCGUGGCUUGAGGACACACCUACACCGUAAUGACUGGAGUGAUGGAAUCUCCGCGAAUAUCAAGCGGCUGCUGGUAAUCCAGCAGUCUGGCCUCGCCGCUGUUGCUCUUAAGAAACCACCACUUGCUUACCUUUGGAGACUUUUGGUUAUGUCC